ACAGAGUGAAAUGAACUCAAUGGAUUUUACAAACUUGGGAGAUGUGGCAAGUUUAUGCUUUCUGUUUCAGUUUAAUUUUCAGUCAAACUCUCUGUUUCUCUCUAAAGACACGAUGGAAACCUCCAAACUUGGAAGACCACAUUCGACAGCAUGGAUACCCGGUGGAAACCCACAACAUUAUUACGGACGACGGGUACAUCCUCACUUACCACCGUAUACCCCAUGGCAAGCAGCAGCCCUACAAUAACACUAACGGGAAACCUGUCCUUCUACAGCAUGGGCUGGUACAAUCCGGUGCAGAUUUUGUUCUCGAACCUUUUAGUCUCGGAUACCUUCUUGCUGACAACGGAUUUGAUGUGUGGCUGGCCAACUCGAGAGGAAACACUUUCUCUAGAAAACAUGUUAGACUUGAUCCAGACUUGGACAAAAAGUUUUGGGAUUUCAGCUUCCAUGAUAUGGGGUACUAUGACUUGCCCGCAGCUAUUGACUACAUUCUCCAAACAACCGACCGAGACAAACUCCUCUUCACUGGGUUUUCCAUGGGAACCACGCUGUUUUUUGUUCUGGGAGCUUCCAGACCAGAAUACAUGUCCAAAGUUGAGGCUGCAGCAUUGGUAGCUCCUGUCGCACAUCCCUGGAAUAUUCCCAGUCUUAUUGUGAAUCUUGUGAAAAAUAUUUCCACCUGGCUUGCACCAGUGUUUUUUCCUGACAUGACUCGUGAGUUUUUACCGCUCUCAAAGGUGUCAGUCUGGGCUCAAAAGACUUUUUGUGAUUUUUGGCCAGUAAAAAAGCUUCAGAUUUGUGAAGAAUUUAUGAAGUUGAUUGUCGGAUUCCACCGUAAGGAUAUUGACAGGGUUCCGAUAUCACACAUACGGAAAUUUUACCCAGCUGGAACAUCUUUCAAGACAUUUGAACAUUUUAGACAGAUAAUUGAAAAAGACUUUGCUCAGUAUGACUAUGGAGACGAGGGUAACUUGGGGACAUAUGGCCAAAAGUCACCCCCGACCUACAAUCUGUCUCGGGUAACAGCCCCGAUAUACAUGCAUACCUCUGUGAACGACUGGCUAGCAGUGCCGAAGGAUGUACAGUUUACAGUGAAACUUAUGCCAAACGUGAAAAGCGUCAGACAAAUAACAGACCAUCGGUUUAACCAUAUGGACUUCUGUUACUCUUCACUUGCCAAAGAUCUGGUUUAUAACAACAUUAUUAAAACUUUCAAGAGUUUUCCGACAUCUACAAAUGGGGAUACACACUCUUAUGCCAACUUUGAAAGUGAAAGUGAAGAAAUUAUGGAGAUUCUAGGAUCAAUAGAUAAGAAAUAAAACAUGAAAUUGUAGACUUAA